AUGGCUGCACCGGGCGGAAGGUCCGGAGCAGGCAGGCGUGGGGUGGUGGACGUGACGCCUGGACUGACGGGCCCCGAGGCACUGCGGCCGGUCUGGGUCGACGACAAGCAGGCCUCCGAGUGCUUCAAGUGUGGCCUGCUCUUCUCACUCUUCCGAUGGAAGCACCACUGCCGCCAGUGUGGCGCUGUCUUCUGUAACUCGUGCUCCAACAAGCGCAUCCCCCUCCCUCAUCUCGGGUACCACGAGCCUGUUCGCAUCUGCCUCGACUGCAUCCAGCUCGCCUAUCUCGUCUCCUGCACUGCGUCCAACAACCCGACCGUGGCCUCGCACGGCGCCGUCGGCCUCGCUCAGCUCUCGGCUGACCCGGCGCUUCACGAGCGCCUCUUGCGCGCUGCUGCGCUCCCGGCCCUCGUCGCUCUCGUCGACGCUGGCGCCCCGGCCCUCAAGGUCCACGCCACGGGCGCCAUCGCUAACCUCGCCCAGGUCCCCGACAUGCACUCGCAUCUCCUCCGCACAGGCGUCCUAGCUCCGCUCCUCGGCGUCCUCCGCGGAGGCCUCUCGCAACUCUCGCCGCAGCUGGUCCACAACGUGCUCGGCGCAGCCUCGAACCUCGCCCUCGGCGCACCCGCACGCGCCCCGCUGGUCGACGCAGGCUGCAUCCCGCUCCUCACGGACGCUCUCUUUGUGCCCGACCAGGAGCUUGCUUCGCUGGCGCUGCGCACUGCUUGCGCGCUCGCCGCCGACCCGCCGCUCGCCCGCAUGUUCAUCCAGGACGACUCGGGCGUCACCUUUCGCCGCAUCCUCUCGCUCAUCACCUCGGUCGCGCCCAAGCCGCUCCUCAAGCUCCUUGCCAAGUUCCUCGCUCACGUCUCGCUUGUCGACGAUGCCCUCAAGGUCCGCAUGCUCGAGCUCGGCACCCUCCCGCCGCUCCAAGCACUUGCCCUUGUCCGUUCGAAGGGCAUCGUCACCCUCGCCGUCUGCGCACUCGCAAACCUGGCCUCGGUCGACGACAACCGCGAGUUUGUCGGCUCGGCACAGGGCCUCAAGCUCCUCUGGCGCCUUCUCCUCCGCGGCAAGUCGACAGACAUUGUCCGCCACGCCUCGCGUGCCCUCGCCAACCUCGCCCUCAACGACACCGUCAAGCUCCGCAUGCUCCACUCCUCUGCACAGCUCUUCCCGCGCCUCCUUCAGCUCCUCUCACUCACGCCACACCCAGACGUUGUCCUCAACACCCUUCGCAUCAUGGCUAACCUUGCCCUCCUCCCGCUCGGCGCCGUCCUCCUCACCCAAUCCGGCCCGCAGCCCCUGCUGCUCGAGCACUCGACCUCAGACGACGAGGCCGUCCGCUCCUGUGCCUCGUUUGCUCUCUCGCGACUCAUUCCUCCCACAACAACGCCGGACUCGGCACCCGAGCUCGCCGCCGCCUUUGCUGCGGCUGCCUCCAUCCGCUCCGCCUCCAGGCGUCGCAAGACCUCGCUCAACCGAGAGCCCGCCGACUCGGCCUCAGUCUCGAGCUCGUCGCUCCCGCAGGCUGGCUCGUCGUCGCUCGCCUCGCCGACCGCAAGCCCGGCCGUGCCCGGCGGUACCACCCCGCGCUCGGUCCCACACAUCACAAAGUACGACCUCGCCGCUCUCGAAGGCCCAGCAGACUCGUCGCCAGAAUCGGUUGCCUCUUCGCACACCUCGUCCACCGUCUCGUCGCUCACCUCCAACUCGACCCUCUUUUCAGACUCGGACCCGUUUGCGCUCCCGCGCGCCUCGCCACGCCGCCGUGCCCGCCCGCGCCACCGCUCUCCCGGCUACGUCGGCGUCACACUCUCCGCAAGAUCCGCCACCCCCACCUUUACCCCCAUCCUUCCCACCCUCGACACCCGCAAGACAGGCACUUCGCUCGGCACCUCCGACUCGCCAACCGCAAGCGGUGGCCAUUCGCCGCUUCCGCCGCUUCCGUCCCCGGCGUCAACCACCUCCACCGACCGCUCCCGCAAGGCCGCAGGUCGUCCCGGUCCCGCACCGUCCUCGGUCACCCCGCCGAUCCCUCGCGUCGCUCGACACCCCGUCAUCGCUCCCGUCUGA